AUGAGAUAUAGUAUCUUGGACUCGGUUAUUCAAGAAAUUAGUAAUAGUGAUACCAGCAGUCAAGGUCAACAUAACGCUAGCAGCAGCAGCAACAUCCUUUCGUACCUCGAUACAUCCUUGCUCACAUUUGAAGCAGUACUCGAAGUUGUCAUUAUAUGUUUUGCUGGAUACAUUGCAGCUAGAACAGGUUUACUCAAUACUCAAGGCCAGAAGCUUCUAAGUUCGCUAAAUGUCGACUUGUUUACGCCAUGUCUUGUCUUUUCCAAAUUGGCUAGCUCGCUAAGCAUAUCCAAGUUGGUUGACAUUAUUGUCAUUCCCAUCUUUUUCGCCGUUUCCACGUUGAUUGCAUAUAUCUGUUCGAGAUUUACCUCAUGGAUUUUGCAGUUGAAUGACCCGGAAACGGACUUUGUCACUGCCAUGGCUGUGUUUGGAAACUCAAACUCGUUGCCAGUGUCGUUGACUUUGAGUCUAGCUUAUACUUUGCCCGGCUUGUACUGGGAUGAUAUCCCAGAUGACAAUAGCAACAGCGUUGCCGGUAGAGGUAUCUUGUAUUUGCUUAUUUUUCAACAAUUGGGACAAAUUUUGAGGUGGUCCUGGGGCUUUAAUAGAUUGUUGAGAAAGAGAUCGCAUUUUGAGUUGAACACGUAUUACACCAAAAAUGGCGUGGUUGUGCAUUCAGAACAAACGCGGCUAUUGAACGAUGGCGAGCAGGCUUUGUACAUUGAUCAAGUGCAAGAGGUUUCAAAUGAAGUUGAACCAUCGUCUGCUUCUGCAACUUCAACCAGCUCGAGCGAAGAAGAGGUGGAUAACGACAAGAGACAAAGUAGCAGCAAAAUUGGCGGCUUUUUCUAUAAGUUGGCCCAGCUUCCAGGGAUCAAGCAGUUUCUUGCAUUUAUGAAUCCUCCACUUUACGCCAUGUUGAUUAGUGUCAUUGUGGCUUCGACCCCGUUGCAACAGAUGUUUUUCGAUGCCGGCGAGGGUAAUGGCGAAGGAACGUUUAUCCACAAUACAUUCACCGAGGCUAUCACAAGCUUGGGGUCUGUUUCCAUCCCCUUGAUUUUAAUUGUCUUGGGCUCAAAUUUGUGUCCCUCGUCAGAUAUACCGGCUCCGUCAAAGCACUACAAUAGAAUACUUUUUGGUUCGCUAGUUUCAAGAAUGAUCUUACCGUCAAUCAUCUUGCUUCCAAUUAUUGCAUGCUUUGUCAAGUAUGUCAACAUUUCCAUCUUGGACGAUCCAAUCUUUUUGAUUGUGGCUUUUGUCUUGACAAUAAGUCCACCGGCAAUUCAAUUGAGCCAAAUUUCGCAGUUGAAUGGCAUUUACCAGCGUGAAAUGUCUGGUGUUUUGUUCUGGGGCUAUGUAGUGUUGACCUUGCCAACGACAAUUUUUAUUGUUGUGUGCUCGUUGGAGGUUUUAAAGUGGGCCCAGCUGCCGUAG